UUCCUCGUCCUGCUCGGGCCUUGUUUCCUCAGCCCCACACACACUCCAGCCGGGCCCUUCCCAGACAGCAAGGGGCGCCCCUCCCCCAUCUCGCCAGCCAGCCCCCCCAAAGCCCCCUCGGCGCCCCCUCCCCGAGCCGCCAUGAACAUCUUCCGAUUCCUGGGGGACAUUUCCCACCUUCUGGCUAUUAUCAUCCUGCUGAUGAAGAUCUGGAAGACGAGGUCCUGUGCGGGGAUCUCUGGGAAGAGCCAGAUUCUCUUUGCUGUCGUGUUCACCACCCGCUACCUGGACCUGGUCACCAACUUCAUCUCCUUCUACAACACCUCCAUGAAGGUCGUGUACAUCACCUGCUCCUACGCCACGGUGUGGCUGAUCUACAGCAAGUUCAAGGCCACAUACGACGGGAACCACGACACCUUCCGGGUGGAGUUCCUUGUGGUGCCCACGGCUGUGCUGGCCUUCCUGGUGAACCACGACUUCACUCCGCUGGAGAUCCUCUGGACGUUCUCCAUCUACCUGGAGUCGGUGGCCAUCCUGCCGCAGUUGUUCAUGGUGAGCAAGACGGGCGAGGCGGAGACCAUCACCAAGCCACUAUCUCUUCGCCCUGGGCAUGUACCGCACCCUCUACCUCUUCAACUGGAUCUGGCGCUACCAGCAGGAGGCUUUUUUGACCUGAUCGCCAUCGUGGCCGGGCUGGGUGCAGACCAUCCUCUACUGCGACUUCUUCUACCUCUACAUCACAAAAGUUCUAAAGGGGAAGAAGCUGAGUUUGCCAGCGUAGUGGCCUCCUGCUCCCGCUGCCCUCCGUCAGCCCCUAGGAGGAAGCCUGUUCACAUGCAGACGACAGACACGUACCGUUUCUGACUCUUUUUUUGUUUUUUGACCAACUGAACCAGCCACAAGUCGAGCUGAGCUCUCCUGUAUUUACUGUCACCUGGAACUGUUAGCCACUCGAGCGAGAGACCGUGGGGAUUUGGGAGGAAACAGUCAACAGGCCUUUUUUGGUCGAGACGGAUCUCUGGGUUUGAGAGUUUGUAGUUUUUUGCCUUUUGAAAACACCCAACCCCAUCUCCCCUGCCCUUUCUCUUCUUUUUCUCCCUCUUCCCUUAUUUUUAUAAACAGCCGGGGACGUUUUAAAUGGGCUCCUCUCUUCCCUCUUGGCUGAUUCCCCGGUUGUGUAGCCAGACAGGCUCGCUGAGGUCUUUGGUGCCUGCGGCGUGGUUUCGCCAAUGUCUGCUCGGAUGGAGGCCAGGUUUUUUUGGGGUGCUGUUUUCGAGGCAUAGGGUGGGGGUGUUAUUUCACACCACAGGGAAGGCAUUGAAAUAGCCUCUGGUUCCUUUUGAUAAAAAUCCAUUUUUUUUUCAUUUCGAGGUGGGAAUUGAAUCUGUCUCUGUUUAUUCCUUCUUUUUUAUUGGCAAAGAGGGUGCAACACACUAAACUCUGUAAAUCUCCUUGUUUUGUACAUAAUUGAUGGUUAAUUCCUUGUUCACUUUAAAUAAACAGAAGAAAACAAUUUUUUUUUUUUUAAUCAACUUAGUGCCUUUUUUUGGAAAAAAAAAUCAAUAAAAGAGAAACCUGCUUUGUU